CUCCAACCCCAGCCCCAACCUCAACCCACAUUUUCCUUGUUCUCUAUGGUGGUGUUUGUUUGAUAGAUCUUUGUAUAUCUGGAUACGUGUUUUCUCUUUUUCCUGGGUAAAAACACACCCGCCUAUCUCCAUUUUUCCUUCUCUUUUCCUGCAAUAUUUAGCUCUCUCUCUCUCUCUCUCCGUGAUGGAGAUCUGGGCGGAGCAGUGGCGUUGAUGGGACAAGUGGGAGCGAGCGAGGAGGUAGCGGAGUGUAGAAUAUAUUCGAAAAAGGGCAAGGGAUACUCUUCGAUUGGGGCUCAAAAGUGUUGGAAUUAAGGAGGAAGAUGAAGCUGAGAAAACCGGUGGUGUUCUUACUGCUUGUCACGGUUCUCGCUCCCAUCGUUCUUUAUACGGACAAAAUUACAAGUUUCCAGGCUUCUUCUUCUGAAAAUGAACUCGUUGAAGAUGUUUUCACUUUUACAUUCGGUGGCGAUACUAGACCUCUGAAUGUGCUUCCCCAGGAGGCAUCCACAGCCCUAAAAGAACCAUUGGGGAUUAUUUACUCGGAAAAUUCAACCAAAUCCCUUCCAAAUUCUGAUGCUUCAAAUGGAGAAAACUCCCGGAAAACUAGACAACUCGCCGAAGAAUCAGUGGAUCACCAAGCUGGUGGCAGUAUACUGGAUCAAUCUGUAGGCGACAACCCCAUCAAACAGGUGACUGAUGGAGGGCAAGAAGCAAAUCAGAGUGACACCAUCUCAGGGAAAGCUGAAUCUACUGGGGAGAAGGAAAGCAAGAGAGAACAAAGUUCCAGUGAUAAACAGAAGGAUUUGACGGUGUCUGAGCAUACACCUGAUAAUGCCUCUGAAAAAUUGGGAAUAAAACAUGACCAACAGUCUGCCCAGAUUUCUGGAAAAGUUGGUGCCAGAGACCCUGUAAAGACCAAGACCGAGAAACAGAAUGAUCAAAGAGUUCCGCCUGAUGUGCGUGUUCGGCAGCUUAAGGAUCAGCUCAUCAGGGGAAAGGUUUACCUUUCUCUUGCAGCUACAAGAAACAAUCCCCACUUUAUAAGGGAGCUUCGUCUACGGAUGAAGGAAGUUCAGCGAGCACUUGGGGAGGCAACGAACGAUUCGGAGCUACCAAGGAAUGCCUAUGAGAAGUUGAAGUCAAUGGAGCAAACAUUGGCCAAAGGCAAGCAAAUUCAAGAUGACUGCACUGCUGUGGUAAAGAAGCUUCGUGCUAUGCUUCACUCAGCAGAAGAGCAGCUCCGAACCCACAAGAAGCAGACUUUGUUUUUGACACACUUAACUGCGAAGACGCUUCCAAAAGGUCUUCAUUGUCUUCCCUUGCGCCUUUCAAUUGAGUACUUUAGUUUGAAUUCGUCAGAACAGCAGUUCCCAAAUCAAGAGAGAUUAGAAGACCCAAGGCUGUACCACUAUGCACUAUUCUCAGAUAAUAUAUUGGCUGCAUCAGUUGUUAUAAACUCGACUGUUUACCAUGCGAAGGAUCCUUCCAAGCAUGUUUUCCACAUUGUCACUGAUAAGCUCAAUUUUGCUGCAAUGAGGAUGUGGUUUCUGGCAAACCCACCAGGCAAGGCUACAAUUCAGGUUCAGAAUGUUGAGGAAUUCACAUGGUUAAAUUCAAGUUAUAGUCCAGUUCUCAAGCAGUUAGGUUCUCCAUCCAUGAUUGAUUACUAUUUCAAGACUCGUCGUACUGAUUCUGAUUCAAAUAUGAAGUUCCGGAAUCCAAAGUACCUCUCAAUAAUGAAUCAUCUCCGCUUUUAUCUGCCCGAGAUCUUCCCUAAGCUCAACAAGGUGCUGUUCUUAGAUGAUGAUAUUGUGGUGCAGACAGAUCUUACGGGUCUUUGGUCUCUUGAACAAAAGGGGAAGGUGAUUGGUGUGGUUGAGACUUGUGGAGAAAGUUUCCAUAGGUUUGAUCGGUACCUCAAUUUUUCAAAUCCCCUCAUUUCAAAAAAGUUUGACCCUCGUGCUUGCGGUUGGGCAUUUGGAAUGAAUAUCUUUGAUUUGGAGGAAUGGAGGAGACAGAACAUCACAGGGGUGUACCACUCAUGGCAGAAUCUGAAUCAUGACAGACAGUUGUGGAAGUUGGGGACCCUGCCUCCUGGUCUGAUAACGUUUUGGAACUGCACUUUUCGCCUUGAUCGAUCCUGGCACGUCCUAGGCCUUGGGUACAAUCCAAAUGUCAGCCAGAAGGAAAUUGAACGAGCAGCUGUCAUACAUUAUAAUGGCAACUUAAAACCUUGGCUUGAGAUAGGCAUACCCAAGUUUCGAAACUACUGGUCAAAAUUUGUUGAUUAUGAUCAACUAUAUUUGCGAGAGUGCAACAUCAAUCUAUAAAGUGGUGUUUAUGGCAUCUCCUGCAUAUAUGUUCUCCCAGACAUCUGACACUUUAGUUUACAGGUCAGCGUCAUUUUGCUUGAUGGGUUUAUUUAUACAAUCUGUUUCACUUCCCAAUUAAAUGCUCUUUAUGUGAGUAUUUUUGUUUUAGCAGAGCAAAAUAGAUUGACGUUGAUUUUGUGAGUUGCUUUUUUUUUGGACAUCCCUUGUUGUAGACCUGCCGAUGUGCAGACAAAUUUGUAAAUGAAUGGAAGCUAGAUUUUUUCAUAUAAUUCAUUAAGGUGUGUGUCAUCUUAUGG